UGUCAGUUGAAGCUGAGAUGGACAGAUUAGAAUCCUGAAGACUCAUGAUUGCCAUUUUUUUUCUUUUGUAAAUAAAUAGUGGGCAACAAGUUCUUCCACAGAGCAAAGAAUUUCAAAAAUAGCUUGAGGUUAAAAUUUGAGAAAAAAAAAGAUCUAAGAUAGCAAUAAAAAAUUUUUUUAAAGAAAAUAUAUAUUUUUUUAUUCCUCCCAGCAAUUUUUCUUGCAAUCGAUCCUGGAAGAGCUGAUUUUGCGUUGGGGGGUCUAACAUUGGAAUAAAAUCUUGACAAUGGAGGACGAAGUGAAAUGGGCCACAGAACUUAUUGACCAGAAGUUGGAAAUCGAAAAUGCAAACGAGGUGAGUCACAUUUUGUAAUAAUGUAGCAAGCUGUAAUAAUCAGUUGCAUGGACUUAACACAUUAAAUUAUUCUAGAAAUUCAUGACUUUGUAAAUUCUUGGCUUUUGGAGAACUAUCCAUCAACAGCUUUAAGCUCCUGCUACCCAUAGCUAAAAAAUGUUUAGCUAUAGAGAAAAACCCCAAAUGUGCAGCAUAGUUAAGGUUUAUUUGAUUAAACGUAUUUGUGCUAAAAAUGUUCUCUAACUUAGGAAAUCAGGUUAUGAAAUUUCUGUAAUAGUUCAUGGACUGAAUAGGACUAAAAUUAUGUUAGUGAAAAGUGUUUUUGUCUAUCCCUAGGUUCUACAAAACUAUAAUGUUUUACAUACAAUGUUAAAACUAAAGGACCACUGCACCCAGACUAAUUCAUUGAGAUGAAGUGAUCUGGGUGCCUUUAGCGGUCAUUUAAAGUAAUCCUGUAUGUACAUCUAUAGCCACUUAUUGAUAUCUAUAAAGAGAGAUCCAUGUAUCUGUAAAAUAUAUUAUAAAUAAAUAAAUAUGAAAUUUGCACAAUAAAUGAGAACAGUGUUAAAUCAUCCUUCAAACAGUGAGCUCUUGAGAAUAUUCGGCUGCAGACUAUACUGCCAACUCACUUAAAGUGACCUUGCUAACUCUUGCUCUGUUAUGUCUAAAUUUGAUUGUCUAUUUACUAAAUGUAUUGUGUCCCCAUUGUACAGUGCUUUAUGGAGCUUUAUAAAAAAUACACAAUACUAUUAUUAUCUAAUGAAGGAUUUAAAAAAAAAUAUUAUUCUCUGUUUUAAAUUGGUGGAUUAAUUGUUAUGUUUCUAGUCUGAAGAUCGAAUAUAUUAACAAUAUUUAGUCUUUUAAUAGAGUUGUUUGAAAAUAUAUUUGCGCUUUGUAUUCACUGAGCAAAGUUUCAUUACAUACGUAGAUAGCAAGAUUUCCAUUUAUUCUAAAUAACAAAACUGAGAGCCCUAAACAAAAGGUAUUCAAAUGAAAAUGCUUGUCAAUCUAUGGACGAACGAAUCGAUAUGUUAGCGAAACUCUCCAGGUUGGUCUUCAUGAAUUAACAGGUGUUCUAUUUGUUUGAUACAGUUGAAAGAGAUUUGUGCUCAAGUCCUGAAACAAAUACAAGGGACAAUCAAAGAAAAUAUGACAUGUAAAUUGAUUCUCAAUAUUAUUUUUUGGUGCAUAUGCGCUACAUGCUAUACGGCCGAGUCAAUAUAUAGAUGUUUAAAUGCAGUUAUUCAAUGAACAAAUAUCCAUUGAUAAAUCAGGUAUUGGCCAACUUUAGUUAAAUAUAAUUACUUACACAAAUGACUUUUGUUAAAUACAGGAUAGGAUAGUAGUAAUGCUGAUUCCUGCAGAUGUUUUUUGCAUUGUUACAGAUUUUUUACACAUUGAAUUGUUUUAUGAUACAGAUAAUGAAACCUCGCUUUCGGAAAAUAGGAGUGAUCGAAAUAGAUUCUGAUCAUUUAAUAGAUGAGAAACACAAGACACCGGUGAAUAGAAACCUUGCAAAUCUCAAGGUAAAAUGACUAAUUACUUUUUUUUUUUUUUUUUUUGAUGGCCAACGUCUAAAACAGAAAAUAAAAAAAUAAAACAAUUCUGUUCUUACUCGCCCUUUGACUUUGUGCAUGAUUAUGGGAAUAUACAGAAGCCUUUUUUUUUGGACCAUUUAACCCUCUAAUUAAUAAGUUAUUGCUACAUAAAAUACAAAAAUACAGUAAAACAACUAAUGAAUAUUUGAAACACAUUGUAACAAAUUGCUAACCAAAGGAGAACAAAUUAAAAUCUUGUAUAUAGAUUACAAUGGGUUAAGGGUUAAAAGGGGUUAAAAAUUAUGUUAUUUAGUUUCUAUUUCUGAUAAUGUCUCUAUUGCAAGGGUAAUGUAAUUCUUGAAAACAAAUUACUAAUUUAAAGGGAUAAAACUCAUAAACUGCAUGACCUAUAUGUUUAAAUUUAGCCUGUGUAUGCACAGGGUUGGGAGCGAAGGGGGUUUAUUAAGAAAUAUGCACAGCAGAAGGGUAAGUGAGGUGUAUUAUCUGCUACGAUAGCUGUCACAAUACAUUCUUGGUACAGCCUUUACUUCCCAAAAGGAUGCAAAAAAACUUAUCUAAAUUGACAUCAAAUAAAUACAUGUUACCAUUACCCAGAUAAAAUUGACUAAUUUCAUUGAUCCCAAAAGAAUGAAAGCCUAAGUAUGCCCUUCCAGGAAUAGAAUAUUCAGUUUGGUUGGCACGUUAACCAACAGAGAUCUCUUAGCUCAGAUUCAUGUUAUAUUUUCUUGGUAGAAAUGAACUGUUGCAAGCACUGUGUAUAUCCACAGGGUGAUGAACGGGUACGGAAGACUUCUGUGGAUCUAAGAAAUGAAAUCAUAGAUGUCGGUGGGAUCCAAAAUCUCAUUGAAAUCCGCAAGAAGAGACAAGAGAGGAAGAAGAGAAAGUCUCAGAUAAUAGUUUCAGAGCCCGAGCCCGAACCAGAGGAAAUUGUAAGUGCCUUUAUCGUCAAAGAACGAAAAAAACGUUUAGUUGCUUAUUUUGCAUGUAUUUAAAUUACUGUGACAUUAGUGCUGCAAUAUCUAUAAAUGUAGCUAAUAAUUCAUGCAGCAUUGUACAUACACAUCAUGUUAUCGGAGAAUUUAUUACAUUACUGGAAGAGUUUGAUUAAGGAAUAACCUUUGGAGAUUGUAGCAAAUUGAGGGACUUUAAACAUGUAUGUGUAGGGUUAAUCUGAAUAAAAGAAUAAAACAUUUCUGGAAACAGUUGAGUGCAAACCAUACAGAUGAUAAAUGGGGCCAAGCAAAUUCAUGCUUCUGGGACACCUAUCUACCUCCUGGACCCUAGGUGGCUGCCUAUGGUCACUCUUUACUUAAUCUUCUGUGUACUGGCUGGGCAAAUCUGAUUUUACUUUAAAAUUUGGCCUAUAAAAUCUAAAACCCCAAUUUAAAUGCCUUUUUCUUAGAGUUUGAAUUAUGAAAAACGUAUAGUUCUGACUUACUAAAAUUAUGGUUAUGUGGUUGAUGUAGGGCCCUUAUUAGGCCACAGAACAUGGUAUUAGAUAUAAAAAAACUGAAAAUAUGCACUAUAGUCUUGCUUAUUUUGUUUAGAUCUGUGUAUGUAUAACUGAACUCGGAUUGGAGAAAAUGCUAAGCAGAAAUCCAUUAAAAUAAAAUGCCAUUAGAAUAAUAUGAAUGAGUAUAUACAUGGACUUUUUGUUAUGUUGUCUACGUAUGGACACUUCUAUUUUAUAUGUCACUGCUUGCACUUUAGACAGGACCGGUCAGUCCCGAAGCGUUUCUCAAGGCUGCAGUUGAAGGCAAGAUGAAUAUAAUUGAAAAGUACUUGGAAGACAGUGGAUCUCCAGACACUUGUGAUGAGGUAGGCCUAAAAAUAGAGUGCCCUGGGAUAUUCUGCUUGGCUUGGGUCUGACAGUAUGUGGUCUGAGGCUUUCUUGGACACCAAACGGAAUUCCAUUUUGUAGUCUGAGAUGGGGUCUCUCACUCCAAGGCAUGUUUCUUGGUUCGAUUAUGUAAUGACAUACAGCAUUAUCACUAAAGGUUACUGGUGACCAGAUUAGAACCUGCUGAGGGACUUCACACAUUCCCAAGCGUAGUAAAAAAAAAUGAUCUGUUUGUUUGAGUCUUAUUUUAGUGUUGUUUUUCAACACAUUAAUAAAAAGAUUACACGAGUACAUGUGACUGGUAAGGUCCGUGGCCACCGGUUUAACUGACAUAUUAGAGAUAUUUGCACAGUGUUUUGACACAUAAGGAAAUUUUUUACACCAAACUAAGGAAGUUUAUUGGGAGACUAUCAUGGAAAAAUAACAUUCAACAAUAUGUAAUCAUUUCUACUUUGCAAGGUUGCAAUAGCUAUAAUUACUUAUUUAAGAAAAUAAAAAAUAAAAAUAAAUGUUUUUUACCCCCUCCAUGUUCCCUUGAGUAAAUCCCUGAAACAGUCACAGACAAUGUAACUGAUGUUUGCUGAAUAUUCAGCAAACACAGCAGGUCAGAUUGGCGGUGGGAGGUGUAAAAUGCUAAAUAAAAUAAUAUAUGUUGCAACAUACUAAAAGAUAAAUCUCCCUACUAAGUACUAUCCCCGAUCUUUGUCGCACUAAAGUUCACUCCCUCUUGUCCCCCUCUCAAACUCUUUGGGGCAGGCGGAGCUGGGAGAAACCGGGAAACACACACCGCAGACGUGGCAUAGCUUAACACCAACACAACUAAUAGCCACCAACAUAUAUAGAAAAUAGUGACUUUGGAACAGCCACACGCACUAAAGAGAUGUCAUUAACGACACUGCCCACACCUAGAUUGCUAUAAAUGCUCCCCACAUUACUGAAUUUAAGGAUCAGUAGAUGUUAGUAUAACACAGGUGACACGUGCACCUGGAUUGCAGUAGACAUGUCGGUGAUGGGAUGCCUACUACUGGUAGGGAUACAGGAACACAAGCUAGAUAAUAUUAUAGACGGAGACCUAACUUACACACCAAAACGAUGCAAUGAUAAGUCACUAAACCUACUACAAUAAUUAAGCCUUGACAACCUCACUCACACACUGCAUAUAAAAGCGGAAAAAAAGAUGAAUCACCUUUAAAUUGUAGUGGGUUACCUUAAUACAAAGAUUCUAAAUGCAGGAGUAUUUUUGUUUAAAAGGAUAUUCUAGUUAUCUUAAUCUUAAUGAAGUGAUUUUGGAACAUAUAUACCACCCUUGCAACCUUGCACUUGAAAGCAGUACAGUUGCUGAGAAGUGGAACGGAUUACAUUUUGCAAUCCCCGCAGACCUAGUAGCUGUCAAUCAGAGACCCAGUAGAGGCUUUGGAUUAAAAUAGAUUGAAUAAUUGAAUCUAUUUUGUCUUGUGUUAGAAUGCAAGUUAUGCUGACACUGGAAGCUGGGUGAGCAUGCAAUGCUUCUCAUAAAGAAACUUUGAAUUCCAUGCUUCUCUGGAUUGUCAGAUCACGGAGUUUGCUGAACAUGUGCCGCAUGUUCAGGACGGUUACUCUAUCAGCCUUAAAUCUAAACACUUAAACUUGCUGAGCAAACAUAAAAUAUAUAUAUAUCUUUUCUAAAAUAUACCUUGUUUUAAACUAGAACUUCAAGGUUGGGUAAAUGUGUUAUCAGAUGUCCAAUAAAACGGUGGACAUUAGAUCAUCUGUCCCAAUAUGUAGAUACCAAAAUAAACUUUACUUAAAGGGACACUAUAGUCCUAAACCGCCUAAUUAGAGAGCCGCCUCUGACAACAGCCAUCAGUAUAGAGCGACACUGUAUCAAUAUAAAUAUAUUUGAAUUAAGAAUUCUAACCACUAAUUUUGUUUUAUAGUUCAAGAGGACAGCACUUCACAGAGCAUCACUCGAAGGCCACAUAGAAAUAAUCAAGAAACUAAUAGACAGCGGGUCGUCAGUCAACUUCAGAGACAGGGUACGACAUAUUCAAAGACCAAAAUGAAAGUUAGACUUUGUCACUGAGAUUAGUGUUAUAAGUAUAUUGAAUAUCAAUCGCAGAAGUAGUUUGAGAAUACAGAGGUUGGAAAUGCAUUUAGAUGAAACCAGAUUUAAGAAGCAGUGAUGUAAAAGAAAAAAAUCUAAGGAGAAAAUUGUAACAGCUUGCAAAAUUUAGACCAAGAUUGAUUGUAAACUCCCGACAACUAAUUAUAUGGCGAAUACAACCCAUUACGCUAUAUAAGCAGUUCUUUACAAGGACACUACGGUCACCCAGACCACUUCAUCUCAAAGCACUGCUGUAUCCUUGUCCUCUGAAACCCUGCAAUAUAAAACAUUGAGGUUUUUUAGAAACGAAUGUUUACAUUGCAUAGCCAUUAGCACUUCUAAUAAAUGUCAGUAUGACUCGGUCACAAGACAAGGAAGCCCCCAUAGAAAAUCAUUAAUUCAAUGCUUUCCUAUGGAGAAGUUUGAAUGUGCGCGUGGCACUCACCAUCCAUGCAUAUUAGGUCACCGAUACUCCUCUAUGAGAAGCACUGGAUUCGAGCAUCGCAGAGGAAGCCAUGCCUUCUCCAUUAUAUUGCAGGAGACAAAUGGUAAGUAAAGCUUCUUUUUAUCUUAUUUUAAUCCAAACAAGGGCGGAGGGACACCACAAUGCAAUGGGACAGAGACGCUAUACUGAUAGGAAUACAGGUUUGUAUUCCUAGUGCUAUAGUGCUCCUCCUUUAAAAGCAACCCAAUAUCAUUGCACCUUUUAAUUUAAUUGUAAAUAGACUUACCAUAGUAAGGAUGAAAUGACCACCUACAAGCUAUGUAGAGAUACAAAAUGUAAUUUGUUCAAUUUUUGUUUGUUUCGUUGAUACAUUUUAUUCCCUUUCAAUCUUCUCUAAUUGCAUGUUGACCCCAUCUCUUACUGUUAUAGGUAAUGAGGUCCUUUAUUUUCUGAUCAAAUAGGGGUAAAUAUUGCAGUUUUAUACAUCAGAAAGGUCCAUCCCUACCAAUUGGAAUGCAAGAGAAGCCAAACAGUCAUAUAAAAAUGCAAGAAGCCAAACAGUCAUAUAAAAGGUCAUACUGUCUAGUAACGCCUUAUUUUACCCCUAGCCAUCUCUAUUCUUGUAUUUGUAUUUUAUAUCAUUCAAUAACAAUAGGUAAGUUAGCUGGAAAUGCUACGCCCUACCUAGCUUGGCAGUCCCCUAGAGACAUUAUGUGUUGUGUCCAUGCUCUGUCUAGAUAUAUACAGAGAGGAGUUAUGUCCCAAAAUGCUCCACAAAUUACGACAGCUAAUUGUCUCUUAAUCCUACAAGAUCUAGUGGAACACGUCUGGAGAACACUAACAUAGAACUAAGAUGAUCAAAUGUUAGUCUUCUCAUGGGUAAAUCCCCUAAUAGUUGUUAAAAGUGUAUAUUAUAAAAACAUGAUAUAGUGCGCUUAUUGUACUUAUAGUUUUUAAACAUAUUUUCAGACACGGGAAUGCCUUAAUUUCAAGUUUCCCUUCACGCUGUUCCAAUAAUGUCACCAAUUUAUUAUGCCGAGAACUGUGGGACUCGUCAACCCAUUUCAGACAUCCGAUCAACACUAGUUUGUUACCUUAAUAAGAAGUAACUUAGCAUACCUCUGAUGCAGAUCUCCACUGAUUGGUCUUCGUUGGGGCAAUAUUAUUUCCCCCUGUUUGCCAUUGUCUUCAAACCUGAAAAGCAUACCCUGAUCAUUUUUAUGUCCUGUACUUUUUAAUUCCUAAAUAAAAGACAGAUUGACAAAAAAAAAAGCGAACAUCGUCAAUGAUUGGUGAUGAUAAGUAAAAAGAGAAUUGAAUGUCUCCCUUUUUGUAGCUGGAUUGCACAGCCAUCCAUUGGGCUUGUCGUGGGGGCAAAGUGGAAGUGGUGAAACUUCUUCAGGAUAGUGGAGCUGAAAUUAAUCUUAAAGAUAAGGUAAGAGCCAUAUCAAUAUCAAUAAAAGUGCACCAAAGCUAACAUACAUUAAAUAUUUGACCAGUUAUAAAAACGUUACAAGUCAUAUUUAUAGCGUGAGUCAGUUUCUAUAAGAAAAACAUAUGAGAUUAAAUGACAAAAAAACAACAACAUUUUCCAGAUAUUUGGGAAGUUCCUGACAUUUAAUUCACUCUGUAGAUUUUAAUCUUUUGCACCAUAGUGGCUUAACUUAACUAAAUUAAUAUGGAAAUACUAGAUUAAUAUUGUGUUUACAAGACUGUGGCUGAAGGAGUGGACAGGGGACGGAAACGGACUAUUCGAAAACAUUGCAUUUAACUUUAUGACCUACUGGAGUCACUGAAGACAAAACCCGAGUAUUUUAAAUAGUCAAAUUAACUUUACAACAUAUUUAUUGCAUUUGAAUUGUUACUUUAGUUUUACUACUUUAGAACUCUAAUCUACUUACAUAUUUCAAACACUCUGUUCUCAAAGAAAACUGGGAUACUAGGAUAGAAAAGAGGGUCAGAGGCUUCAAAGGACCGUCCCACAUAAAUAGGGCAAGAAGCAGACGAAGAAGUAUGCCAUUGAUCUAUACCUGAUGUUUAAUUUAGGAAUGCAUUGUAUUGACAACAAAGGAUAGUAAAUCCCAUCCACUGUAGAAUUUAAGGAGUAAAAUAAAAUGUAUUCAGAAUAACCACAAUAUCACAAAGAGCAUUGGUGUUUGAUGGACAGGUAAAGAGGGGCUCUUGCCCAUGGCUGGAAUUUUGACACAAGUAAUUCUUGACUCAUCCCUAAUUUGCUAAGAAUCAACUUACUGUUGUUGGUGACAAUUGCCAUGGAACAUCGGAGAUGACUAUAUUAUUAUUGAGGACAGGGGUAGCUAGCUAGCACAUCACUGUAAAUAUAGGCCUAGACAAUUUCCUUUGAUUAUUUCUUUGUCCCAAAUCUAGGUUGUAUAUUGGUGGGGUUUAGAGCCAGACAUUUUGUAUUUUCUGCUUAUCACAUCGCUCAGUGUUUAACUUGAAGCUGUAUUCUGCAUUUAUUGUUUUGUUGUAACCAUUUUGAUUUUAUUUUUUAGCUUCUAAGCACUCCUUUACAUGUUGCCACAAGAACCGGUCGUGCUGACAUUGUGGAGCACUUGAUUGCAACCGGAGUGGAUAUAAACUCCAAAGACAGGGUACGGCUAAGAAUUUCUUCCUGAUUCCCUUUAAAUCACUCUCCAAAAACAAAGCUAUACCCCAGAAAUCCCUUAUAUGUCAUGAAAUGGAAAGUGUAUUUUUAUUGAAGCAGCAUACUUUGCCAGCUCAUACAUUGAGAACAAAGCAGUAGUUUAAUACAUAGAUUGAUAUUCAGGGAUGUUAACAUUUCUGUAAAGUUAACUAGAGAAAUAGAUAAGCUGGCUACUGUGCCAGAUAUAGCAUCAAUUGAAACCUCAGAGCUGUAGGUUCUAUACCUGGCAGAGUCAAAACAUGGGUAAUGUGGCUGGUUGGUGUUCAAAGUCAAGAUCAACUAUUUUUGCCGCUACUCGUCACAUUUGGUUUUAUUACAACAGUAUUUUACACUGUGUUUUGAAACUUCCCAUUUAAAGGGAGUUUUCAGUCUGGAGUUAACUUCUAAUUUUAACACAUUACUUUUUAAGCCCACAACAAGCCUCCAUCCUAUAUGUGUGGCCUAAUCACUGGUUUUACAUUUUACAUAUAUUAUGUACUGAUAAUAAGGAAAUGUACUUAUUGUGAUAUCAGGAGUGGGUGGGCUUUGAGAAUGUCCUGGUUCUUAUUAAACUCUUUGGAAACAGUUUAAAAAAAAAAAAAAAAAAAGAUUUAAUCUGCGUUUUUAUUAUGCUAGAAAUUCAUAGGAUUGUCUUCUACUAUUUUGCGCCAUUACUGUAGAUUUUGAAUUAAUGGAAGAUUUGUGUAUUUACAGGAAGGUGACACUGCUCUCCAUGAUGCGGUCAGACUGAAUCGCUACAAAAUUAUCAAAAUGCUUAUUCUAUAUGGAGCAAACAUGAUGACCAAAAAUAUGGUACGUAUCCUGUGUGUGUAGUUGUAGGCAGACUGACCACAAGGGUUAUUGGGCACUGACCGUGGGUCCUUCACUGGGAAGGGCAGAGACAAACACAGUCACCACACAAACUGGAUUAUUUAUGUGAAAAAAACACCUUAUUUUGACUGAGGGUCCAUAUUGCUGUUGAGCUUCCUUUGUGUUAUUGUACUUUAUUCAUAUUAGGAGGUUUAUUCACCCUGAACCAACAUUCUGAUAAGAGUACACUGAACUGUUAAAUCUGGUCCUAAAAAAUGUCCGUUGGCUCUGCUGUAAACUGUAGAUAAAGCAAACAAGUUUCAUGUGCUACAUUUAGUUUAAAGGGAUAAUAUGGGCAUCAAAACAACUUUAGCUUAAUGAAGCCGUUUUUGUGUAUAGAUCAUGUCCCUGAAGUCUCGCUGCUCAAUUAUCUACCAUUUGGGAGUUACAAUAAUUUUGCUUCUGUUUAUGCAGCCCUAGACCCACCUCCCCUGGCUAUGGCUGACAACACCUGCAUGGGGGGGAAAAAUUGUUUAAUUUUCAAUCAGAUGUUUACUUGCUUUAGACAUUUUUUUUAUCCUGCUCUGUAAAUUGAACUUUAAUUACACACAGGAGGCUUGUGCAGGGUCUAGAAGGCUAUUAACAGAGCAGAUGAUAAAUUCUAGAGUAAACAGACUGUGCAAUAAAGGUAGGUUAAACAUUAGAUCUCACUUUACAGGAAGUGUUUAGGAAGAAUGUGUAAUUCACAUGCAGUGGGGGCGGGGGGUGACUAGAACUCUAUAAACAUGAUUUAACUAAAUGGCAGAUAAUUGAGCAAUGAGACUGCAGGACCUGCUUCAUUAAACUAAACUUGUUUUGGUGCUUGUAGUAUCUCUUUAAGUAAAAUAGAUUGGGUAAAUCCGUUAACUACGUUGCUGCAGAGACUUGUUUGUAAAUCUUCCUGGGCAUUUAAAUUUUCCAGUGGGUGUCAUGGUCCAUUACACGUUAAGGUGCGGCUGAAUUCUCUUAGCGGAUUACAAGUCUACACUACUUACUGAGAAGCAGUUCCUCCACUGAAGUCUAUGGGAAAUCUGGAAUUCAGUAAGCAGAGUUAAUUCUUACUAUUCCAGGAUAAUCCAGCACCACAGGCUUGUUUUGCUUUUUUUCUAUUUUUGCAUUAUUUUUUUUACUUUGUUGAGAAAGAGCAAUGGUUAAUGCAGCGCUGUCACCCCCUGAUAAAAUGAGUAUUUCAUAAAGAUAGAAUCUAUGAAAUACUCAUGACUGUGAUGGAAUCUCAUUGAAUUUCCAACUCAUUCAGGAGUUAUACAGAGACAAGGUACGGACUACUUCGUCUCUCUAUUUCUCCUCUUUGACACAAGGCGGAGCUAUAUUCUCGCGUGAUUCCCCCAUUGACCUCAAUUCUGUACUCUCGCACAUGCACAGAGUACAGCAGUGACAUUGGCGCAAAAGAGAACCCCGCUGGGUCAAGAUGGAGGCACCGGCGAGGGACAGGUUCAAGUAAGUUAACUCACUUUUACCUGCCCCCUUCCCUCUCCCCCGCAACCGUACCACCAGCAGCGAUGUCACCACCGGGGGACUUUGUGAAUUUGACAGUGCCGCUUUAAGGAAUAAUUCUCUAAACAUUAUGUUAUUAAUGUGCAUCUCUGUGCCCAUUGCAGAAUGGCAAAACGCCCACAGAUUUGGUACAACAAUGGCAAGCAGAUACAAAAGAGGCACUGGCGAAGAGGACAGAAAAAGGCACGGAAAAGAAGUGUGAAGCGGAACCGUGAAAAUCUCUGUGAAUCCCGGAGGGUGAAUUCACUGAACAGGGAAUUGUGGGAACACAUGAAGUAAUUGCAAAUUCUAAGCCAAAAGAGCUGGGUUUUUCCAAUUCAGCUAUUUUGGUCUAAAACACGUAGUACUUUUUUAAAUGCCCACAGUUCCCAAUUUUAGAGAAUAAACCCCCUUAGUAUAUUAAGCACUGGAAAAGAAGCAUCUGAAAGUGAUUGACUGUAAAGUAUUUUAUUUAUUUUUUUAAAUGCAGACUGUCUAGACUUCUGUAAAAUAGGAUGUAUCAUUGUAUUAUUCAAUAUUAUAUAUACAUAUUUAGAGAAAAUGGUAGUAAAUAGAGAACUGACCUUGUGUAUAGAUAAAUUCAUUCAGUAUCUUGCUUUCUAACUUGGAAUGUCAGUCCCUAAGUCAUAGUGAUUUACUUAUUCUAAAGUAACAAUAUUUAUUUGAGAAAAUCUUUAUUAUUAUUAUUGCCAUUUAUAUAGCGCCAACAGAUUCCAUAGCACUUUAUAAUAUUAUGAGAGGGGGGAUUUAACUAUAAAUUGGACAAUUAUAAGAAAACUUACAGGAACGAUAGAUUGAAGAUAAUGAAAUAUUAGUACUAAGCACUUGGAUCUGGUGGUAUGAAUGGUUAGCACAUGCCUCAAAUAUUGCAUACCUUCCAAGUGUCCCUUUUUAGGAGGGACAGUCCCUCCCUAUUUUGGGCCAAAUCCCUCUGUCUCUCUUUUCUAUCCUAAUGUUCCUCUUUUCUAUUACGUCCAUCACAUAAUAUGAAUAGACAUUCCUAUUAGAACUGAAGCUACUGUCAAAGAUCUGCCCAGAGUCCCACUUCAACAGAAAGUGGAGGGUACAAAACACAUGUAAUUAACACAAAGAAAAACUUUCCCUGGUGAUUAAACUAUCUCUGUUCUGUUAUGUAAUAACAAAAUCAUUAAAGCGACUCUGUCUCCUCCUGGA